UUAUGUAGUAUAUAAACGAAGGGCUAUGCUUUCUUUUUUGCAUCAACCACAAUUAAGUGUACACACUUCCUAGGGAAGGUAACCAGAAGCUUUUUUAGAAAGCUUCACCAUGGCGAUGUCAGGAACAUACGUGACCGAGGUUCCUCUUAAGGGGUCGGCGAAGAGUCACUACAAGAGGUGGAGGAGCGAAAAUCACCUCUUCCCAGAUGCUGUCGGCCAUCAUAUCCAAGGUGUCUUCGUCCACGAAGGCGACUGGGACUCCCACGGCGCCAUCAAGUCCUGGAACUAUACAUGCGAUGGGAAGCAAGAGGUGUUCAAGGAGAAGAGAGAGUUUGACGACGACAAGAUGGCGGUGACGUUAAGAGGGCUUGAGGGUCACGUGAUGGAGCAGCUUAAGGUGUAUGACGUCAUCUUCCAGUUCAUCCCCAAGACUGAGAAAGGCUGCGUCUGCAAGGUCACUAUGAUAUGGGAGAAGCGCAACGAAGACUCGCCUGAACCCAUCAACUACAUGAAAUUCGCCAAGAGCUUGGCUGCUGACAUGGAUGACCACAUUCUCAAGAACGAGAAGGGGGCUUGAUUAUCAUCUAUCGUGACGAAUAUAAAAUGUAGUUUCGUGUCUGUCACAUAAUCAUCCGCCUACCUCCUUUUCUUUUUGUACAUUUUAUGUUGAUAAUAAUGGCGGUCUUGUAUGCUCAAAAAAAUAAUGGCGGUCUUGUAUGCUGAUAUAUAUGUGUGCCUUUCAUGAUAA